GUAUCCUUAACCAAAAGAAAGUUGUUACAUAACACUGGAAGUAUUUGACUUGAUUCUAUUUCCUCGUGGUCGAUUGCUUUGCAUUGUGGCAUCUUGUAUUCUUAACAAUCACGGCAUUUAUCCCAGUUUCUCUUAUCACCUCCACAAUCAAAAUCAAAAUCAAUCAAAAUCGAAAUCAAAGCUAAGAGAUGGCUUUACAAUGGGUGAUUCUAACCUACAUCGUAGCAGCUGAGUCCGCCAUUUUUCUUCUCUUAUCCCUUCCUUCACCUAGGCUUCUCAAAUCUCGUUUCGUUUCCCUCAUUUCUCUUCUCCUUCAGCCUUUAAUGUUCAUCGUUCCUUUUGCGGCUUUCCAGCUUCUAGAUAUUUACUGGAAGAAUGAGCACCGAUUGACAUGUACUUCUGAGAUCUGUACUGCUUCUGAAAGGGAUCGCUAUGAGAAAUCGAUCUAUAAAGCUCAGAGGAAUGUGAUUCUUUGUGCUACUGCCUGUAUGUUGUACUGGUGCAUAUAUCGCGUGUGUAAAUACUACAAGGAUAUUCAAAACCUGGAGGAAGUUGAAAAGAGGUACAAGAAGCUGUAAAUUUAUUCGGUUUCGACCCGUAUCUGAAAUUAUGGAGAUUAGCAGCCAGUAAGACGGUUUCUGAUGUUAAGAUUUACACUUCGGCUUAUAGGAGAACCUCUCAUUUCACCUUCUGUUUUGGUGCUUUUUUUUCUUUUUUUCUUUAUUUUAUUUUAUUUUAUUUUUUUUUUGUGACGGUGAAUGGUACUUUUGUUUAGUGUCACUUGUGGACUGUGGUAUGAGAACUAUGAUAGAUUUAUGUUAGUCUUGGUACUAAUUCCCCGUUGUCUACUUUGCUUGCUUGUUUUGAAGGUUCUAUAUGAGAAUAAAAUUUUAUAAUUCUCCAA